AUGAACAGAAUUGUGGUGUUUCUUAUGAUUAUUGUGAGCAUUGUAAUCCUUGGAAGCUUUGGUUUGGCUACAUCAAGGAAGGGCGAUGAUGGAGAUGCUGCAGUUUACUUACCCCUAAUCGAAUGGCCAGCUGACGAGGUAGUGCUUGGGUUUGGAGAAACAUGGAAUGUUACAUGCAUUUGUAAAGAACCCAUCGUAUGGAAGCCUUUUGAUGCCGAACAUUCCUGGGAGCCUCCGAACAUCAAUGUUUCAAUUCACAACACAACCGAUAUCAAAAAGCCUUAUGGUAGCAUGCUUUCAAUAACAAACGCAUCUGCAUUGAUGGUUGGCCGGUACUACUGUGUACAUUUCGAGAAGCAACAUGAAGAUCUAGAUGAGAUGAUUACUGAAAACGUAGCCAGCAGCAUCUAUGUUUAUGUUGAAGAUCCUCAUCAACUCGUGGUACCACUUCCAGUUAAAUAUUUCUAUAAAAACAAAGGAUUCGUUAUUUUAUGCAAACCGUCGCAUCCUGAUGUAGAGGUGGAAUUGUGCGACAAAAUCUACAAAAACUGUAAAGGAACUUCAGAUCCAACAAAAGGGUUUUACACGUUAGAAAGCUCCUACAUUCGUUUGGAGGAAUACUACUGUAAAGCCAAUGGCAUGAAUCAUACUGCUAUUCGUGAGCCAACCUCGAAAAAUUUUUUCGAAUGGUUAAAAAAGCCAACCAUCAAAAGCAAUGUAGGAGAUAAUAUACCUAUGGGAAAGGCCGUUCGUCUGACCUGCAGUUUCGUGGGCAAUGUGGAUAGAAACAUUAAAAUAUCCUGGAAAAUACUACCAAACUACUUACCGGCCGAAAUAGACAAUACAAUCUCAAUACGAAAACAAACUAGAACUCCUUCGGACAGUAGCGCUAGUUCGCUUGUCACGCGUGAUCUCAUAAUCGAAAAUGCUACAAUCGAGCACAAAAGAACCUAUCGGUGCGAAGUGUUUGAGGGUGAAGGGAAUACCUACUACCACAAUUUUAAGUUGCAUGUUAGAGAGUCACCUGACGAUUUUGUUGAACUAAGUACAGCACACAACCGAACGUCCAUCAAUCGAUGGAUAAACAGCAAUGGAGAAACAACGCCGAUUGAAAUUAUUAUCCAUUAUAAAUCCUAUCCCUCCAACAUAACCUAUGAGUGGUUCAAGGAUUACACAGGCCAAAUAGAUAUCGAUGAAGUAGCCGUGUAUAAACAAGAAAAAACCGAUGAUUAUAUCAAACUGAGAAUCCAUCAACCGAAGUCGUACAAUACAGACAUUUACACACUUGUAGUUCAAGCUGGUACCGCGAAAGCGAUGUACAACAUGUCCGUUUUUGUGCAUGACAAGCCUUCCUUGGAUAUGGAUAGUAUACAAGCAGCUGUAGGAGAUGAUGUCUAUUUCCAGUGCGUGUCCGAGGCUUAUCCCUCACCGACAGUGAGUUUCAUGGUCCAGCCAUGUAAGGAAGUACCCUGGGGAAAUUGCCCGACAGUAAAUAGUACAGAAGCGGAGUGGCAUGCAGCAACAGAGAACAUAUCCAGCAUUUUUUGGUCAAUAGCAACAUACAAACUGCAUGUGAGUGGACCUGGAAUCAUGUACUGCAAAGCUAACAAUUCCGUAGGAAAUGCAAUGACGCAAGCCUAUUUAUUGAUACAAAAUAUUUCCGAAUUUAUGACGCUGGAAAUUGUUGAACCUAAGGGUGUGAUUACUGUCGGAGAUAACGUAACCAUCGUCUGCUCGGUUAUGAUUUUCGUAGACCCCGUUGACGUGACAUUCGAGCGCAAUGGAAAGAAGCUCCCAGGAACCGUGACACAAAACGAUUCAAAAAUGCACAAAAUCCAACUCACUCUGUGGAAUGUUGGCCUAAAUCAUACGGGAGAAAUAUUCUGUAAUGUGACAUACAGGAGGAACAGAAGACCAGAAGAGGCAACGUUCAUUCAUAUGGAAGUAAUAGAUGCAGUCGCUCCUCAUUUGCGUUCAGGCGUUAUCAAUCAAACUCUAAUCGUUGAUGCACUGAAGCCCAUUAUACUCGAGUGUGAUGUUGGUGGAACUCCUAAACCAAAGAUAACGUGGUUCAAAGAUGGAAAGCCUUUCGAAUACAAUAAAAGCAAUUCGACACUAAGCUUAAUAGUAAUUGAAUAUGCCGUUCCAACGCAUACUGGACGAUACGAAUGCAUUGCGGCAAAUAAAAAAGGAAAUAAGAAGCUAACCAGGAACGUUAUCAUACGAAUUCCAAAAGGCAUUUAA